GGGGGGGGGUUAUCCCGGGUCAGAGCGGCGCUUCCCGGCUGGUCCCCGCUGUCCCGGGAUAGAACCGGGAGUGGUCCCCGGUGGGCACCUCGGGGAGAGUCCCCGGUGUCCGGGGAUCCCGGAACAGAACCGGGGAGGGGUCUCCCCUCUAUCCCGGGGAGGGGGGUCCCGGCUGAUCCCCGCUGUCCCGGGGGUGUCCCCGCUGUCCCGGGUGGCGCUGAGGGGACAGGCCCGGGGCGGGGCGCGGUGUCCGGGCGGUCCCGGUGAGUCACGGUGCCCCCCCCGCGCCCCCCGGCCCGGCCCGCCCCCGCCGUGCCUAUCCCGGGCCGGACCGCGCCCCGCCACUGCCCGCGGCGCACCGAGCACCGAGCACCGGCACCGAGCCCCGCACGCAGGAUUUUGGCAGCCCCCCCGCAGGAUGCCGUCGCAGCUGGAGCACGCCAUGGAGACGCUGAUGUUCACCUUCCACAAGUACGCGGGGGACAAGGAGCACCUGGCCAAGGAGGACCUCAGGGCGCUCAUGGACAAGGAGUUCCCGGGGUUCCUGGAGAACCAGCGGGACCCCCAGGCCCUGGAGCGGAUCCUGCGGGACGUGGAGCAGAGCCGCGAUGGCCGCGUUGGCUUCCAGGGCUUCUUCUCGCUGGUGGCCGGGCUGACCAUCGCCUGCAACGACUACUUCGUGCAGCACAUGAAGCAGCGCGGCCGCCGCUGAGCCCCCCACCCAUGGGUGCCCCCCGCCCACCUUGGGGUGCCACCCCAAACCCGCCUUGGGUCCUGUCCCAGCCCUAAAUGUGUGCCCUGAUCCCCCUUUGGGGUCCUGACCCCCCCUGAAGGUUCUGAACCCUCCUGAGGGGCUGAGACCCCCCCCCCCCCCGGGGGGAUUGAGCCCCCCACCCAUGGGUGCCCCCCACCCACCUUGGGGUGUCACCCCAAACUCAGCUUGGGUCCUGUCCCAGCCCUAAAUGUGUGCCUCGAUCCCGCUUUGGGGUCCUGAUCCCACCUGGGGGUCCUGACCCCCCCAUUAGAAGCUGAGACCCCCCCCCCCAGGGGGAUUCAGACCCCCCCACCCAUGGGUGCCCCCCACCCACCUUGGGGUGUCACCCCAAACCCGCCUUGGGUCCUCCCUUGACCCUAAAAGUGUUCCCUGACCCCGCUUUGGGGUCCUGCCCCCCAAAGGGGUGAUGACCCCCCCCAGGGAGGGAUUGAGACCCCCCCCACCCAUGGGUGCCCCCAGCCCCCCCCGGUCCUGCUGGGACCCUUCAGUGUCCCCCCCUCCCCCCAGGGGUGCCCCCCACCCUGGGGUGCUGCCCCGACCCCCCAAUAAAGGGGUUUUGUAUGAA